AAUGAAGGCGCGAUCGGCCCUUUUGUUGUAGGCUGGGCUUCAAUCUACCAACACUUGUUAUGAAAGAUGUCAUUCGUAAGAGGAGCUAUGAUUACUGCGUCAAAGUCAAAAGUAUUGCACCUUGCAAGGGCAUCAACUAUUGUGUCCAACCACAACGUGAGCCAAAAGCUACAUCGACCUCCUCAAAAACAGGCUUCCCUUUACACAACGGGGCUCCAUCGCUUCAGCAGUGCAUCCAGCCGGCAGAAUACGGCGGGGUCAGAACCAUCUGAAGAUAAAGUCCAACUCACAGAGUCAUGUGUGAAGAGACUAGAGGAAAUCAUGGAGAAGGGUGAUUAUCUGAGAAUACAUGUGGAGGGAGGAGGCUGCUCGGGGUUCCAAUACAAGUUUUCUGUUGACAGUAAAAGGAACGAAGAUGACAGAGUGUUCGAGCAGGGAGGAGUGGGCAUUAUUGUGGACGAGGAAAGCCUGGAGUUUGUUAAAGGAGCCACUGUGGACUUCACCCAGGAGCUGAUCCGCUCCACCUUCCUCGUGCUCAAGAAUCCUCAAGCCGAUCAUGGCUGCUCCUGUGGCAGCUCCUUCUCCGUCAAACUAUGACCUUGCAUCAAUCUCGCUUGAUACCCUGGUUUGUGCGCAAAACACAAUUAAAUAUCAGACAAUUUUAAAUAUAAUGGAUUGCACCGACUGGUUUUCUAGGUGUGCACCAAUUGAACUGAAUCAAAGGCCGGGGUAUAUAUUUAUGAACGUGUUAUUUCGUAGACAGUGAAUAAGUCUUUGCUCAUUGAUAGCUGAGUUGCCAAUAUUCAACUGUAAUCUUCAUGCAAUGCAAACAAAUACAAAGGCUCAAAUGAGUUGUUAAGGCUUUCCCUGGGUGUAAAAUAUGUAAAUAGUCUAGAUAUAUCAUUGCAGUAAUUGUAUUUGUUUCAUCUAACAUUAAAUUGUGUGUAUUUA